AUGUUAAAGAGACUACUACCUACCGUUAUCAGACAAUCUGUUAGAAGUUAUCAACUUCCAGCUAAGAGUGGAAGAAAGAUUAUUCCAGUUUACCCACCAGUUGAAAGAAUAUCCUCCCCAUUAGUAGUGAAGACUCUAGCUGAUCAUGAUCUAAAACAACUUGACCCAACUGGUGUAAAAACAGAGAUGGUUUCAAAGAAAAACCCAAAUCGUCUACGUGCAGGUGAUGUUCUUCGUGUAGUUUACGAUUCCAAGAAAUGCAACUACGAUAGUUUUACUGGAUAUGUGCUAUCGGUAGACCGUAAGCCAAUAGUACAAGACACAUCCAUUCUAUUAAGAGAUUAUAUUUAUAAAACCUGUGUGGAAAUGAGAGUGCCAAUCUUCUCACCAUUGGUAGAGAGAAUUGAUUUGAUUAGAAGAGCGGAUGGUAAGAGACGCAGAAGUAAACAUUAUUACAUCAGAAACACCAGAUUGGAUGUCGGAGAUUUGGAAGCAAGUAUGAGAAAGAAGAAAUGA